AUGUCGCGGGCGGCGGGCGGCGAGUGCCGCCAGGACACGGCGGGCUGGGAGGGCGACGAGGGCCAGUGCGACUCGGGCAUCGAGUCGCUGCGCUCGCUGCCCGGCGGCCGCGAGGGCCCGGCCGCCGCAGACCCCGCGGCCGCCGCCGCCGAGGAGCGCCUGGACUCGAGCUACGGCUCCGGCGACCUCCCCGAGGCGCUGCCGGCCGCCUGCCGCGCCGAGACCCCCCCGCCGCCGCCGCCGCCGCCAGUGGCGGGGCUGAGCCCGCAGCAGCUGGAGGCGCUCGCCUACAUUUCCGAGGACGGAGACACGUUGGUUCAUCUGGCCAUUAUACACUGUGUCCCUGAUGUGGCUCUCUGCUGCAUUGCUCAGCUGCCCAGAGAAGUGCUGGAGAUCCAGAAUGACCUCUUCCAGACCCCACUGCACUUAGCUGUGUAUCUGGAACAGCCCAGCGUGAUCCAGGCACUCAUCCACAAGGGAGUCAACCUUGGCCUGCAAGACCGCAACGGCAACACGCCGCUGCACCUGGCCUGUGAGCAGCAGCGGGUACAGUGYGCCCAGCAGCUGCUGCAGGGCACGGACCACACAGAUGAGCCCACUGGGUACCAGCAGGACCUGCAGCUCCAGAACUGGCAAGGCCUAGCUUGUCUGCACAUCAGCACCUUGAAGGGGAAUCUCCAGAUGAUGUCUCUGCUGCUUCAGAGUGGGGCCAACAUUGAUGUUCGGGAGGGCACGAGUGGCAAGACRCCGCUGCACCUGGCUGUGGAGUGCCACAACCGCCGGGCCGUUCAGUUCCUGCUGCGCAACGGGGCCUACGUGGACGCGCAGAUGUACAACGGGUGCACGCCGCUGCACCUGGCCGUGGGCCGCAAGGACGCCGCCAUCGCCGCCAUCCUCUCGCACUCCGGGGCGGACACGCUGCUGAGGAACAUGGAGAACGAGACAGCCCAGGACCUCGCGGACGGCAACGAUGAUCUCCUCGCCCUGCUGCCCUUUGACGACCUGAAGAUCUCGGGGAAGCCGGUUGUGUGCGCCGAGUGAGCGGCCGGGCGGCCCCAGGCUGCCUCCCUCCUCUGCGCUCCUGCCCGGAUGCCCACGGGGACCUUGUCUGCCCGCAGCGCAGCGGGCACAGAGCCAGCCUGGGAGAUGCUCUUCCCCUCUGCCCCYCUUGGAGGCCUCGGGCUGCCUUUCUGUGUGGAGGAAGGUGACACCUCGAGCACUACAGAGGGGGAUGUUUUCCUGCAGGGAUUCUGCUUGGCAGAAUCUGUGCUGCAGAGCAACAGGACUGAAUUUCCUGUCCCUGCCAUGGACUACRUGGAUGUAGCUGAACUGUACGGUGGAGCAUCCUCCAGCACCCCUGAACACUAUGAGAAUAAGUCUGGGGUGAGGAGAGUUAACACUCUAAUAAAUGUUUGUCCUUGCUGCGGGUGCCUGAGGUCUCAUGUGAUCUAACCCGCUGCACUCCCCCGCAGCAUCGCAGAGGCACAAAGUUACCCAGGUCUCCUGGCUGCACGGGCGCUGCAGGUGUUUCCUCUCCUGCCGCAGCCUGCCCGUGCCCUCRGGUGCUGCUCCCUUCCCAGCACACAGCAGGUGAGCGGGAGCCCCAGCACAGCAUCCAGGCUGCCACAGAAAGGGAGAGGAGGGCUGGAGAGUCCUUGCUUGCAGAGCCUUCCCUGUGCCCAGCCCGAGGAGCUCCCAGCCUGGCACUGCAUUCUCCUGCUCUCCUGACAAGCCUUCUGCCCUGGGAGCUGAAAAUAAUCUAUAGGAAGUGCUGGA